AUGCCGGCGCGGCGAGACCGGGAGACCGCCGACCGCCAGGGGGCGCCAUCCGGCAGGAGAGCGCGCGGCCCCCGCUCACCAGGGCACGGCCGGCAGGGGGCGCUGUCUGCGCGCGGCGGUCGCGGGGAGCCGCGUGGCCUUCCCGUGCGCUGCCGGGAGCGCGCGAGCCCCGUCCCGGCGGGAACGGGGAACCCAGAGCGGGACACGGGGAACCCCGGCCCGGCCCUGCCCUCACAGCACGGGCACCGGGACCGGGUGAGCCCCGUCCCGCCGGAAACGGGGAACCCAGAGCGGGACACGGGGAACCCCGGCCCGGCCCUGCCCUCACAGCACGGGCACCGGGACCGGGUGAGCCCCGUCCCGCCGGAAACGGGGAACCCAGAGCGGGACACGGGGAACCCCGGCCCGGCCCUGCCCUCACAGCACGGGCACCGGGACCGGGUGAGCCCCGUCCCGCCGGAAACGGGGAACCCAGAGCGGGACACGGGGAACCCCGGCCCGGCCCUGCCCUCACAGCACGGGCACCGGGACCUGGUGAGCCCCGUCCCGCCGGAAACGGGGAACCCAGAGCGGGACACGGGGAACCCCGGCCCGGCCCUGCCCUCACAGCACGGGCACCGGGACCGGGUGAGCCCCGUCCCGCCGGAAACGGGGAACCCAGAGCGGGACACGGGGAACCCCGGCCCGGCCCUGCCCUCACAGCACGGGCACCGGGACCGGGUGAGCCCCGUCCCGCCGGAAACGGGGAACCCAGAGCGGGACACGGGGAACCCCGGCCCGGCCCUGCCCUCACAGCACGGGCACCGGGACCGGGUGAGCCCCGUCCCGCCGGAAACGGGGAACCCCGGCCCGGCCCUGCCCUCAGCGCACGGUACCGGCACCGCCGGGAGGGACCGGCGAACAGCCCAGCAGGGCCGGAGCUGA